AUGGAGAUCAAAAGGACUAAUUGGACAAACAAUUGCAUGGAAACCAAACGUAAAGAGAACCAAAGGACGACCCAGACAAAGAUGGGCAGACAGAAUAAAAUAAUACCUGAAGAUAUUGGGAGUAAUGAAUGCAGAAAAAACGGCAAAAGACCGAGAAGAUUGGAGACAAUAUGUUGUAGCGGCAAUGGGCCUAAAAGGCCUGUAAAAAUUCAAAGAAGAAGAAGAAUAUUUGUUUAA